AGCUGUGUCUAAGCUCUAGUGAAGCCUUUCUGGGGUGGAGUGGGGAAUGCCAAUGGCCUGGUGCUGUUUUGAAGGCUGGAUAAAGUGGUAGAAAAUGCAAAAGCAUUGAAAGGACACAAAUGCAGAAGAGCAUCUAGGAAUGGCCGCCCAGACGGUCGUGACGAUCCAGCCGCAGUAUGGCAUGCCCGCUGCCUCCAGGUGCAUUUGGCAGACGGGGCUGAUGGACUGCUGCUCGGACUGCGGCGUCUGCUGCUGUGGGAUGUUCUGCUUCCCCUGCCUGGGGUGCCAGGUGGCCGGGGACAUGAAUGAAUGCUGCCUGUGUGGGACCAGUGUGGCCAUGAGGACCCUCUACCGCACCAGAUACAACAUCCCGGUCAGUGGGUAACCUGCCCCCUCACCCUGCUGCGAGGCUGAAAGGCGAGGUGCCCCCCAGGGAGGUGGUGGAUUCACUGUCCCUGGAGGUUUUUAAGAUGAGACUGGAUGUGGCACUUCGUGCCAUGGUCUAGUAAUCACGGCGAUGUUGGAUCAAGGGUUGGACUUGAUGAUCUUGGAGGUCUUUUCUAACCCGGUUGAUUCGAUGAUUCUAUGGGGGAUGAGCACAGGGCAGCUUUCCCCUCACAAUUGUUUUCCCUUUCGUAUCCUGCAUGAUGCCAGAGCAUGGAACAGGGGUUGGGACAUCCUCAGUUGAGCUGAUCCCUGGGCUGGUAUCCAACAACACACAUAAACUGGACACAGCU